GGCGGGAGGUGGUCGGUUUCCCGGAUGAGGUUGAGUCACUCGUGCUGAUGUCACUCGCGCACUGAAAAUGGCCGAGUCGGAAGAGGAGGUGGAUGUCUUGGUCCAGAGAGUUGUCAAAGAUAUCACUAACGCUUUUAAGAGAAACCCUGCCAUUGAUGAGAUUGGUCUCAUACCAUGCGCAGAGGCUCGGUACAACAGAAGCCCCAUCGUUUUGGUGGAGAAUAAGCUUGGGGUGGAAAGCUGGUGUGUUAAGUUCUUAUUGCCUUACGUGCACAACAAGCUGCUGCUGUAUCGGCAGCGACAGCAGUGGUUGGACCGUGAGACACUAGUUGACAUCACCUGCACAGUACUGCUAUUAAACCCAGACUUUACCACUGCCUGGAAUGUCAGGAAGGAGCUCGUUCAGUGUGGAGUGCUGAAUCCAGACAAGGACCUGUACCUGGGGAAAUUAGCACUGACCAAGUAUCCAAAAAGCCCAGAGACAUGGAUACACAGGCGAUGGGUGCUGCAGAGGCUGCAGAAGGAGCCGUGUGGAGCUGAUGAGAGGAGCGACUACAGUGAACAGAUACAGAGAGCUGUGCACGAGGAGAUGAAGGUGUGUGCAGAUGCCGCAGGCCGUUACCCCAGCAACUAUAACGCCUGGUCGCACCGGAUCUGGGUCCUGCAGCACAUGGCCAAAGGCAGUCUGAAGAUUCUUCAUGAUGAACUCUCAUCUACAAAACUUUGGGUGUCCAUGCACGUAUCCGACCACAGCGGCUUUCACUACCGCCAGUUCCUGCUCAAGGCAUUGCUAGCCGAGCUGGGUCAGGUCCACCAGCCUAACAGAGGAAGCUCAGUGGAAGAGCCCCAUACCGAUGCCAUCCCUCAGCUCUUCCAUGACGAGAUAGAGCUCUGUACUGACCUCAUCGAGUCAUAUCCCGGCCACGAGACACUGUGGUGCCACAGACGGCAUGUGUUCUAUCUAUGGCACCACUGGCGAAAUCACAGUCAAGAGCUGGGUCCUGUAUCUCCAGGUCAUGACCACAAUCUCCUCAAUGACUCCUCAGACCCUAGCGAUGAAGACAGGAGCUUCCAGGCAAUGGAUGUUGACUGUACACAAGAGGGCAGUAAGCACGGAGGCUACACACAGGACAGUAAACGGCUGAAGCGAGGGCCACCAUGUCCCACUCUCCCUUCUGAACACACAUUCAUCUUGCGUAUCCUCAGCAGCUGCAGUAACCCUGAACAAGGCCGCUUCGCCAACGCAUACAGGAAGUGGCUGGACUCUGUCAUAGGUCAGUAGCUCAAGAUAUUCUUUGCCCACAUGGAAAUGGGUGAAGUUUGAUAGAUCCAUACACCAUCCAUGCAAGUCUUGCUCACCUGAAGAAGGCCAGACUGUCAAGUGAAUUCCCCUUCAUGAUGAAAACCAAGUGAUGAGCCAUGGCAGAGUAAUGCUGGUCUGCAGUAUCUGCUUAUGUUCAGGUACUUGAUAUCUCAGGUCUGUUUUUUUUUUUUUUGUUUUUUUCUUUUCCCAGUUUGAAACUUUUUAUAUUGUUUAUAUAUGUUUUUAAUGAGUUUAUUAUUCUUAUUAUUUUUGCACAAUUUAAAUGAGUGCAGGACGUCUUCAUGACGCUGCCUUCAGUUGUACGCUUCCUGUCGGGAGACUUGUGCGCGCGUAUCGGAGCUCAAUCCGAUCCUGUCCCACUUCCUUCUGUUCCUUUAAGAGCAGGGAGGUUUUGGUUACUUGUUCUCCCGUUAUUUGUUCUUUGAACUGUAUAGGUCUAAACAAAUUUCAGAGCACUUUGCUUUAGUUAACGAUGUAAGCACAAUCACAGAGUUUCUCAGAAACCUUUCAAAACACGGUAGACUGAUCGCUUUGGGGAUCAAUACUUAAGACUUUUAAUAGCAGUGCUAAUGUUACACAAUGAAAAUGGGUAGUGCCUGUGCAAUUUGUAGGGGUGUGUCUGUUCUAAUGUAGAGGCAUAGCAGUGGCUCAGGCGUCACAAUUAACUACAUGAUCUUAGAGGCACAUUCAUCACACUAUAAAAUAAAGAUCACAUACAUAACCAUUAAGUGUCAUGCUCUUGGAGAAUCUCAGUGUUAAAGCACAAACAGUGAUUUAUUUUUUUUAUUAUUAUUUCUUUUAUGUAGCCUGAGUUUUCGUUAUGAAGGGGAAUUUGCAAUCAAGUAUGAGCGUUUCUUGACUCUUCUGCCCAUUGAGGACGGUGUUGUGAUUAGUACAAGCUACAAAGCUGAAGUCGAAUGGUGCUUAUUUUCUGCAGCCACUUAAGAAGGCUUUAACAGGCCUGGGUUGACAGAUGCUGCUUCUCUUUUAACACUAUAUUUAUGCAAAGAAUUGAUGUACAUUUCAUGAAAGGAUCACUCAUAUCGCAAUUUAUUAAAACUAAAUACAUUAGCCAGGUUUACACUGUAUGAUUUGUUGUUCGGUCUGAAACAAAAAUGGCACACUUUUUGUGAGCCGAGUUCUUUGCACGGUUGAGAUCUGUCAACGUAUAUUGUGAAGUUCUCACAGGCAGGAAAGUCAUUGCCAUGGUGACUGAAGAGAUUCAAAUAAUAAUAAUAAUAAUAAAGACUAAACAGUUUAAUGUACAGUAUAUGAAAUCUGAGUGUGACUGCUGAUACAAAUUCCUCAUCACAAAUCCACUAACAGGAAGUUAGCAAAGGAUUAUGGGAAACUCACUGGAUAGCUACAGACACAGGAGUAGCAUCGGUAAAAACAAAACAUGAUUACAGACAAAAAUAAAAGGUUAUAACCUCAAGCUGACAGAAGAAUGGUUCGGUUUAUACAAGCCUGGAUCACACUGACUGUUGGUGUAAGCAGAACUGAGUAAUCUUCUUUAAUCGCAGGUCUUUAUCUUUUUAACUGACAAGAACAGCAUGCUCUCGCUGUCUGUAAUAGAAUUCGACCAAGAUGUUAACGGGAUCAUCUCGUACAGCGUGACAUGUUAUAAUUUUCACAGGACGCUGAAAUCGCACAGUGUAAACCCGGCUUUAGACGUCACGGUCGAGCUAGCUGUGCGUUAGAAAUUUCUGGCCUUUUCUCAACUUUUCAAUAGAACAAUCUUGUAAAGCAACAGUGAUUUAUGGCACAUUUGUAUAGGUUUGUUUGUAGGAAAGCAUACGCUUUUGUCCUUUUGAAAAUGUACUCUAAGUUUUUACACAUAAUCAGAACUAUUUACUAGUGAGAGAAUAGAUUUAUAUUGACGAUAAAACGCAUUUAAUUUCUUAAAUAUAUCUUAAACACCUUAAGGUUUUUUCUUCAGAUACAACUUGUAUGUCUGAUUAAAAAUGAUAUUCUGGAGAAUCUAAACUGACAUUUUUAAUUUAACUAAAGUCUAGACUGGGUUUCCAUUUUGUGUAAAUUAAAGUGUACAGUUUGUCUUAGGAAAUGAUAUUUGCACAGUUGCACAGUGACAAUACAAAAUGAAGUGUUCCAUUUCCAUACUUGUAUAAUGAUCGUAUAACUUUAUCUAGGGCUAUUUACCUUGUUACCUGUUUUUGUUUUUGUUUUCGUUUCUUUUCUUUGCUAUACCCAUCCUGGAGUGUUUCUUUACAACCAUGUUGCUCUGUGGUGCAGUAGCCUGGCAAUAAAGCCCAUUCUUCCUUUA